AUGGCCGGCCGCAGUGCUCACCACGCCACUACCCUGGCAGACAGAAUAGAGCAGCUCAUAAAUGAGGCUUUCAACUUGUCUAUUUUCCACAAGUGCAAGGUAUACAUCCUCGUUGAGCACAACAAUGGGGUUCGCACAUUUAAAUCCGUCGAGCAACGGUCCUGGCCGCCGCCGGACGCCCAGUUGGAAGAACUCUACCCAGGCGUUAAGCGUGUCAGUUGGCAUCACCUGGCUCGUACCCGGUUGCCGGAGGAGGAACGCAAAGUCCUUAUCCAACUUUCCCUUUACUUGAUACACCUGAUCGACUCCUGGGCCCAUCGGGGACCGUAA